AUGGAUAAGGGAUCGCUGAUGUCGUCGGCCUCGAGAGCUCCGAUGAAGCGUGGAAAGUAUUUCCCCAUGUCAAUGGCAAAAAAAGCUGCCAUCAUCAAGCUCGUUGACAGUCGCCGAUUGCGGACAGACGUUGCGAAAGAGUUCCAUAUUUCUAAACAGACUAUUUCGGACUACAUCAAAAAUAAGCAGAAGAUUUUGGAGGCAGCGGAACAGUCUACUGGAUGUCAUCAGAAGAAUGUCGGCCAAGGCACCUACCCUAAGCUCGAGGAGGCGCUUCUCGUUUGGCUGAAGUCGAUCGUGGCCAGCAAGGUUCGCGUCUCCGGGAGCCUCCUCAAACAGAAAGCUGAAACGAUGGCGCUUCAAAUGAACAUUGAAGAAUUUAAGUUUAGUGACGGCUGGCUAAGAAACUUCAAGAAGCGCUUUGAUCUCAGUUUUAAAAAACUGUGCGGCGAAAGUGCAGCUGUUGACCUCAGCAUCGUUGCGAAUUGCCGCUCUGAAAAGCUGCAGUCCCUUUACAAGAGUACUCGCCAGAUGAUACUUUCAACUGUGACGAGGAGUCCGGGCUUUUUUUUGUUCAAGCUGAUGCCAGAAAAGACACUUGCCUUAGAUGGCGACCCUUGCCAUGGUGGCAAACACCGUAAUGAGCGAGUUACUGUACUGAUCGGUAGCAACAUGUCGGGCACAGAAAAACUGCCGAUGCUCGUCAUCGGCAAGUCGAAAGCUCUGAGGUGCUUCAAAGGUGUAAAGUCCCUGCCUGUUUUGUACGAGGCCAACAAAAAGGCCUGGGUAACUCAGCAGCUUUUUGAAAGCUAUGCUGUGUGCGUCGUGCUCUUGCCACAAAACAUGACAAGCGUCCUACAACCGAUGGACCAGGGUGUCAUAUGCACUCUCGAAGUGAACUAUCGAUCACGCUUGCUUUCGCAUGCGGUGGUGUGCCUUGACAGCGGAAAAGCGUACUCGGUCGAUUUGCUUGGGGCACUUAGCAUGCUCGCCGAUGUGUGGAAGUCGAUGGCAUCGAGAACGCUGUGCAACUGUUUCCGCCAUGCGGGAUUUGUGUUGAAUAGCGAGUCGGCCGCCUUGGACAAGGACAGCGUCGUCGACCACGUGUUGGGAAGUGAGCAGCUUAUCGACGACCUUCGCACUGCGGGCGUCGAUAUUCCAUCAGAUGUCUCGUUUUCCGAGUUUGCGUGUGUGGACAACGAUUUGGAACUGUGCGCUGGCCUCACGGAUGAGGAAAUCGUUCGGCAAGUGCUUGCGGAGUUCGAGAGUGACGAUGACGACGACAACGACUUACCUGCAACAGCACAGCGGACGUAA